CUUCACUUCUUAUUUGACAAGUCGUGGACAUCUCGAAAAGAAAAGGAAGAAAGCAAGAAAAAAAAAAAAAAAAGGCAGGCAGGAACUUGCAGUUUGGCUUCCGACGUGAAGCGAGUCAUGCAGGAUGCAGCAAUUGAGAAGUAGAGGGAGCUCACUUUUCGGUUCCCAAUUGAAGAGGAAAGCUUUUAAUUCAUGGACUGCUAUUCAGGAUACCUAUAUCUCUACCAAGGAUAUAUUUGAGAGGCAUAAGGUGGUAUUUACUAUUGGAACUUCUGUAGCAUCAGUUGCUACAGCUUGGGCUGGGUAUUCUUUACGCCAUCUCCAUGAUUCAAAAGUUGAUCAAAGGCUCGAAGGAAUUGAAAAUGCUAUGAAGAAAAACUAUCAUCUUGAACAUUCAGAAUUUAAAAAGCUUGUUGAUCCAGGACAUUCCAGUGUUGCUGCCUGCAUUGCUACGGCAGGGACAGCAUUUGUCAUUGGGUACGGUUUUGGUUGGCGAGGUGGAAGAUGGUAUGCAAAUAAGAAGUUCAGGAAGGAGCAGAUGAAAUUGUCAGGGCAGAUAAAACCUAGAAGAUGGCAGCUGCUAGGACGAAUAAAACCUAGAGGAUGGCAAUUCCAAUUUCUCAAAAAAAGAUCACCGAGGUCCAUAACACCUGAAAAUGCUGUUAAAACAUCUGAAAAGAUGGCUUCCAUAGCAACUGAAAAUGCUGUUAAAACAUCUGGAAAGAUGGCCCUGUAAUACAUAAUCCCGGGGAACUUCAUCAGUCUUUUUACUGUGAUGGCAUUUACUCUACUUCUCUAGCUUAGAUAUCCCGAUAUAAAAGAAUUUUUUUUUGAUAGAGUUAGAUACUUAUUUAACAUUUAAAAUUGUUCUUUGUUCUGAUUUUUCGGGCAAGUAAAAUGAACAAAUCGUUUGUCAUUUUGCUGCUGCUUGCUAGUAUCUUCUCAGAUACCCUUACCCCCUUGAUUCAGACAGUACAGGCAUAAGAGAUAUUAUGCUAACAAAAUAUUCUAUUUUUUCUGUUUAGUAUCUAUGGUAAGCCUUCUUCUAUGAUA